AUGCAAGGAUCCAGCAGCAGGAGACUCCGGUCAUCAGUGGGGGCUGAGGAGGCUCAGGCCCUUUUGGCGACUCUCCGCCAGAGGAGAAUGGGAGUGCGGGCAUUCGUCCAGAAGUUCUGGUCACGGGCGGAGGGGUAUGGUCUCUCUGAUACGGUCCUCAAAGACACUAUUAAUAACUGUCUGGAUAGACCUCUGCCGCAGUGGGAGAUGGAGCUGGCUUCAGUCAGUGAGUCCAUUCCAGAGCCCGCUUCAGUCAGUGAGUCCAUUCCAGAGCCCGCUUCAGUCAGUGAGUCCGCUCCAGCCAGUGAGUCCGCUCCAGCCAGUGAGUCCGCUCCAGCCAGUGAGUCCGCUCCAGCCAGUGAGUCCGCUCCAGCCAGUGAGUCCGCUCCAGCCAGUGAGUCCGCUCCAGCCAGUGAGUCCACUCCAGCCAGUGAGUCCACUCCAGCCAGUGAGUCCACUCCAGCCAGUGAGUCCACUCCAGCCAGUGAGUCCACUCCAGCGCCCGCUUCAGUCAGUGAGUCCAUUCCAGAGCCCGCUUCAGUCAGUGAGUCCAUUCCAGAGCCCGCUUCAGUCAGUGAGUCCGCUCCAGCCAGUGAGUCCACUCCAGCGCCCGCUUCAGUCAGUGAGUCCAUUCCAGAGCCCGCUUCAGUCAGUGAGUCCAUUCCAGAGCCCAGUGAGUCCACUCCAGCCAGUGAGUCCACUCCAGCCAGUGAGUCCACUCCAGCCAGUGAGUCCACUCCAGCCAGUGAGUCCACUCCAGCCAGUGAGUCCACUCCAGCCAGUGAGUCCACUCCAGCGCCCGCUUCAGUCAGUGAGUCCAUUCCAGCGCCCGCUUCAGUCAGUGAGUCCAUUCCAGAGCCCGCUUCAGUCAGUGAGUCCAUUCCAGAGCCCGCUUCAGUCAGUGAGUCCAUUCCAGAGCCCGCUUCAGUCAGUGAGUCCAUUCCAGAGCCCGCUUCAGUCAGUGAGUCCGCUCCAGCCAGUGAGUCCGCUCCAGCCAGUGAGUCCGCUCCAGCCAGUGAGUCCACUCCAGCCAGUGAGUCCACUCCAGCCAGUGAGUCCACUCCAGCCAGUGAGUCCACUCCAGCCAGUGAGUCCACUCCAGCCAGUGAGUCCACUCCAGCCAGUGAGUCCACUCCAGCCAGUGAGUCCACUCCAGCCAGUGAGUCCACUCCAGCCAGUGAGUCCACUCCAGCCAGUGAGUCCACUCCAGCCAGUGAGUCCACUCCAGCGCCCGCUUCAGUCAGUGAGUCCAUUCCAGAGCCCGCUUCAGUCAGUGAGUCCAUUCCAGAGCCCGCUUCAGUCAGUGAGUCCAUUCCAGAGCCCGCUUCAGUCAGUGAGUCCAUUCCAGAGCCCGCUCCAGCCAGUGAGUCCACUCCAGCCAGUGAGUCCACUCCAGCCAGUGAGUCCACUCCAGCCAGUGAGUCCACUCCAGCCAGUGAGUCCACUCCAGCCAGUGAGUCCACUCCAGCCAGUGAGUCCACUCCAGCCAGUGAGUCCACUCCAGCCAGUGAGUCCACUCCAGCCAGUGAGUCCACUCCAGCCAGUGAGUCCACUCCAGCCAGUGAGUCCACUCCAGCCAGUGAGUCCACUCCAGCCAGUGAGUCCACUCCAGCCAGUGAGUCCACUCCAGCC